AUGCUUUUUCGAAAACAAAUUGAGACCUACUCAUUGGAAUGUAUUGAGAAAAAGAACGAACGUGUAUUGUCCAUCAUCAAAUUAAUAAAAUUAGAUGAAUGGUCAAGUUACAAUGGUUAUUAUGUUGGUGAAAUUGAAGAUGAUGAAUCAGUAUUAAAACCGACGAAUGUUCUUAAAUGUUCACAUGGUGGUGAUGUUAUUGAUAAAACAGGUGAUAUACCAGCUGUUGAUUGUAGUAAUAAAGAUGUAAAGACAUUUCUUCUUUCACCACAUUAUUAUCAUCUUCAAGAAAAAGUAGCAAAUGCAGCAAUUGAAUCAACAUAUUUAUUUCUGAAGAAACUGAGAUUUAACAGAAAGAAAAUAUGCUAA